UUUAAAAGUACGGUAGCUUUCAUCAUAUUACAGCUGAAUUAUCAUUAGCUGCAGUUGAAUUCGCUAGCUGUUUGCUCUUCAUUUCAUAAGACUAGAACAAUGACAUUAAUGUUCAGUCCAGCUGGCCGCUGAGAUUACAUGAGAAAUAAGACCGUUUCAAUCGCUCAAGCAAUAGUAACAUAAAUGGCUACGCUGUAAUCGAAAUCCACAAUGUCUACAUUACUAAAGGGUUCAUUAAUGGCCUUGUUUUGAUAGCAACGGGUGCACAAAGAAUACAUGGAAAUCAAGGACUGGAUUUCUGCAUGAGUGAAUUGGCGUCACAUUUUCAGGGGGAAAUAGUUCAUUCUAAACUUCUGGCCGGGUACUGGUUUUGAUUGUAACUAUGGUGUGUACAUACACAUGUCAAUUUGAUCAUAACUGUGAUCACAAUUUAUGUUUAUCUUUUGUAUUUUAUUUUCUAACUUGGCCUAUUUUACACUGCAUGUUUGGUUUAUGGUCUUGUCUUUACUCAAGACAUUAUGCAUUAUUCCAAGGGUUCUCAGAUAUAAGCACUGCAUACCGGUGGGAACAUGUGAACUAAAAUCCCAGCGCUCUGUUUUAAUGUUUAGAACCAUCAAUCAUUGCAUGCAUUACGUUUUUUGAAACAUAUGGAAUUUAUUUCAUACUGUAUAAGCGAGAAAUAAUAUUUAAAAAUAUGUUCACUUAAUGUAGCAGAUUUGCACAGAUCCAUAUGGCUGUGUGUGCAUCCAGCUGACAAACUACACUUCCGCUACACCUUCUCCCCAGUUACGCUUAGCACAGGUGGUCGCCUCUGUCUUCCGUAAACAAGCAUUAACAAAGGUGUUCGCUGGGCUUCUUCCACAAUGAUCCUGACAAACCAUUUCUGUAUGAGCCUCGCUUUGUGCAGUGGGGCAUUGUCAUGCUGAAACAGGAAAAGGCCUUCCCUAAACUAUUGCCACAAAGUUGGAUGCACAGAAUUGUCUAGAAUGUCAUUGUAUACUGUAGCGUUAAGAUUUCACAACUGGAACAAAAGGGCCUAGCCCGAACCAUGAAAAACAGCACCAGACCAUUAUUCCUCCUCCACCAAACUUUACAGUUGGCACUAUGCAUUGGAACAGGUAAUGCUCUCUUGGCAUUCACCAAACCCAGAUUCGUCUGUCGGACUGCCAGAUGGUGAAGCGUGACUCAUUACCCCAGAGAAAGUGUUUUCACUGCUCCAGAAUCCAAUGGCGGCAAGUUUUACACAAUGCUUGUCUAUGGAGAUUGCAUGGGUGUGUGCUCAAUUUUAUACACCUGUCAGCAACGGGUGUGGCUGAAAUAGCCACACCCGUCCACAUACUUACUUCAUGAAUAUCUAGCAGAUUGUAACGAGUAAUGUGAUCUAUUAGUCAUUGCAGGAUAGCUACUGUUUGGCGUAUCACAGAGAAUUUUCGAUCAACUUUAACUUGGCGACACUGUCUUCGUCCUCGAUUCGGUCAAACAUAUCUUCUAAUAGGUCUGUGUUCAGUUGCAGGUGGUUCGUUCGAAUUUAGAUAAUGCUAGUAAGAAUAGGCCCUUUUCUUUCAGGUACAGUAGCAAAAUGGAUAAUUGUUAAUACAUUUUUCCAUUAAAUACCUUUUCCAAACCUUUUCCUUUGUCGUAGGUUAAGCAUUCACAUAGGUUAAGCAUUCACAGUCCCAUUGGCAGAGCGGUCAGUGACUGAUGUAAAUUGCAUCAUAGGCAGUUAUUGUUUUGCAACCCAAUGGCAAAACCAGGAAGUCGUAGUAGAUUUAUUUUAACGCCAGAAGAUGUACAUCUAUGAAACGUUCCAUUCAGAGCUGAACUAGUGUCUCCCAUUCCUGCUGCGGAGUAGACCUGGUGGGCUGCCAAUACAUUCCGCGAGUCUGUUUCUGUAGCCUACCCACAUUUGGCUUAUCCUGUAAUUUCCUUUCAAUAGGAGUUACUGAAGGAAGUGUCUCUUUUUCCUCCUGCUUUUUACAUAUCUUAAACGGAAUGAACGGAGGAGGCUUAGACUACUGGUCUCACAAAGUUUUCAGAAUUGCUUGUCUACUUUGAGACAUUUGAUCUUAUGUUAUUUGGGAAUUUGACUUAUUGCCUAUUUUAGAAUGCAGGAAGCUGGAGAGUACACUAUGAAAAUGCAUCCGAUGUGGCAGGGACCACUUGUUGCUCCUGGGGGCAACAGACAAUCUCCGAUCGAUAUUCGGGUGCGCAAGAGUGUGUUUGAUCCGCAUCUCAAGCCGCUGACCCCGGAUUACGACCCCAGGACAUGUUCACAGAUAUGGAACAACGGGUACUCAUUCCUGGUUGAGUACGAUGACACCACUGACAAAUCCACACUUAAAGGGGGUCCUCUGGAGGACAACUUCCGGCUGUGUCAGUUCCACUUCCAUUGGGGGGAGAGCAACGCAUGGGGCUCUGAGCACACAGUGGACCGCCGCCUCUUCCCUGCUGAGCUCCACAUGGUCCACUGGAACUCUGAUAAGUACAGCCGGUUUGAGGAGGCGGUGAUGGAGGAGAAUGGACUGGCUGUUAUCGGGGUUUUCCUCAAGAUAGGGAAGAGACACGAGGGACUGCAGAAACUAGUAGAUGUCCUACCUGCUGUCAGACACAAGGACAGUGUUGUUGAGUUCACUAGGUUCGACCCAGCCUGCCUACUGCCCACUAACAUUGAUGAUUACUGGACGUAUGCAGGGUCACUGACCACGCCUCCUCUGACCGAAGCAGUGACCUGGAUUAUCAUGAAGCAGCACAUCGAAGUCAGCCAUGACCAGCUGGCUGUGUUUCGGAGCCUUCUCUUCACCUCAGCAGAGGAGGAGGUGCAGAAGAGCAUGGUCAACAACUUCCGUGUGCAGCAGUCGCUGCAGGGCCGCACUGUGCGUUCUUCGUUUACCCCCUUCCUGAAGGAGGAGCAACCGGCAAAGGGUCCACACACAGGCCACUGACCUUUACUCAGAGACUAACUUGGACUCUUCAAACCAAAAUAAUGCAAUACCCUGGGAAGCACAUUUUUAGCUAACAAAGUCUUACGUUUGACUCUACAGAAGUCAUACUGCUGGCAUCUUUCCAAACGCUUAUGCAUUCAGAAAGCACUCUGAUUUCACUUAAGUGCCAGGGAUUUUAUAAUUCCAAUGUCACCAUCUAAAAGCUGUUUUGUUGACCAUCCUUGGCACUAGACAGCUGUCUCACUGCCUGCUGUCCUAUCAAUAAGUGAAAGGCAUCAUCAACACAGGGCAAGUGUAUUGCUGUAGUCUAUGCUAACAGAUUUUUUUAAACCCCUGUCUCUUAGGUGAAUUUUUUUUUUCUAGAUGCUCUGAAUGUUUAAGUUGUAAACCUUUUUUUAUUCAGUCCUUAACAGUCCCACUUGAAAUGCUUCCAGAAACCAAUGAGGGAUUAUGCUGAAAUAGAGGUAACUGUCAAAAUAAAGGAAAACACCAACAUGUAUUGUCUUUAAGAGGGUGUUGGGCCACCACAGCUUUAAUGUACAAGUGUCUGGAAGUCUUGGAGGGAUGCGACACCAUUCUUCCAUGAGAAAUUCCAGAAUUGUUUGUUUUCCUCCAGGAUCUCCCAUAAGUGUUUAAUUGAGUUGAGAUCGGGUUACUGAGAUGGCUAUGGCAUAUGGCUUACAUCGUUUUUAUGCUCAAAACAUUCAGUGACCACUCGUGCCCUGUGGAUGGGGUUAUUGUCAUCCUAUGGGGGCGUAGCCAAAAUAAUACAUCACCCUAAGUAAGCAUGAUGGGCUGUUACCUGCUUAAUUAACUCAGGAAGUGCACCCGUGGAAGCAUCUGCUUUCAAUAUACUUUGUUUCCCUCAUUUACUCAAGUGUUUCCAUUAUUUUGUCAGUUACCUGUACUUUUAUACUAUCACCGAUUUAAUAAUCUCAAGCAUAAGAAUAUCACCCUUGUGUAUGAGCAGUACUCUUGCAGUAAUUGUUCUCCUUCCUUGACAAAGUAUUUGAGGUGAAGGGGCUCCAUAUAUGGAUGUGGGGUUUAGUUUGAAGGUUUUAAGCUCUGAACUUGUUUACUGCACACAGCCGAAGAGAUUUGGUUCAUUGUAUUUGGGCCUAGCUAAGGCUCCAAACUGCACAAAUGAGUGUUGCUCAUUGCUUUGAAAGAUGUUUUAGAUGCAGUUGUGAUUGAUUUUAUUACAUAGUCUAUUGAAUGGACUAGAAUGUACAUCUCACUAUCUGUAACUUAGAGGUAAAAAUCAUAUGUGUAGGAUCGACAUCUUUUAUAAGGCCUUAUAAGCACAGGGACAUUUGUUACAACUAAUAUGCUGAACUAUUUUGUUGAUAUAGCAAACAUCUGUAUUUUAGCAUGGGUGUCUAAGCAUAUUUCCUCUUGUAAUCAAAUUGUUCUGUUCUACUAAACAGGAAUCUACCAUAGUGCCUUCUAUUUCAUGCAUCAUACUGACACAUUGCGGUCACCUCUGUUCUCAUAGAUCAAUUGCUCAUGGCAGUGUGUCUAUUCUGUUGGGGCUUACUGGUCUAACGCAUAUCGAUAAUAUUCUGCCCCUACCAAGCUUAACAGUCGGUCAAUUUGUAUGUUUGCCCGUUUCUGGUUUAGGCGCUGGGAGAGUUAAGAGAGGGUAUCACAUCAUGCAUCAUUAACCUGUUUCUUGUUGGUUCUGUAUUUAUUUAUUUAUUGGUGGAGGUCGGUAGGUUUUUACUUGCCUUUUUAGAAGCACACAGACAGGAAUCAUUCUCCUGAUAUUUGUAUUUAAUUUCUUGAGACUUAAGCUUUUUCUGUACUUUAUAUCUCUCUAUAUAUAUAAAAUUUGAGAUGUUAAAGUUCCCAGCAGAACUGGACAGGGAUUACAGUGGAACCAACUACAUGCAUCAACUUUAAAACAUAACUACACUUAAUGUUAUGCUUUAAUAGCGUUCCAAAAGGUUAACUGUAAUAUAAGCACUGCUAUUCCCCAUGUUGACACAAAACCAUGAAACAUGAUACAGCAAUUGUAAUACCUUGCUGCCUAUUUUCCAUUAGCCUACUUCUAGUUGCAGUAUUCUGGGUGUGCCUUCCAGUGCUUCACUAUUUUCAUCAAAGAAAGGGAGUGAUUGAAUAAAGAGAGGGGGGAGGGUCUUAAGUUUGCAGUGUUCAGAGAAUGUGAACUAGGUGCUAAAAAGAUUGGAGGAGAAAGGGAUUGAUUGGUUUGUUCUAUAAACAGGGAAUGAAAAGGGAGCAGACAUUGAGGCAACAUUGGUAUUGUUUGUUCUAUAAAGCAUUACGUGAGUGAAUGGUUGUCUUUGUGAUCAUUCAAUAACAAUGUUCCUGUAUAAACUGUCCCUUGUGGGGCCUCUCCCUUGAAAGAGCCACCUGGCCCUCUCCCCACUAGGUCAAUUGCAGAGAAGAAGUAGCUUGACACUAACCUGUUUUGAAAACUGUACAGCACUGUCCAAACACAGGAACCGUAAGACUCUUGCCCUCUAUACCCAAAUGACACUUGCCUGUUUCACUGCGUUCACUAUGAAAUUAAAGAUGGCAUUUUGUUACACCAGAGUUUAGGGGAACAAUGUUGGGGUACAGGGAGGAUUUGAACACAGUUCUGAAUGGUUAUACAUUUCAUGUGGGCAUUUUUAUGGGUGCUGAUUGGUUUGAUGGUAAGUAGAGAGAUUUUAUUUUCUGUUGUAACUGGUACGAGGCCUAUUUUUCAAGCUUCCAUUUGUCUUGGUCUGUUUAGUUAUGAUCUGCCUUUUUAAAUAUUUGAAAUGAUACUCUCCAGUGGGAGGUUUCCAUUCGUUUAACUGUAUUUUUAUAGUUUUCAAAUGAUAAAUACUAAACGGACACAAAUGUUGUUGUACUAUAAUGACUAUGUACUUUAAAAAUUGAUCAUUAGUCUUGGUUAAUAUGUCCUCUGGUGAACUGCUGUAUUUUAAUGUGUCUGCCAUCAAUGCCUAUUUUAAACGUGUAAAAGUUAGUAUGCACAAUGAUCUCGAUCGAUAUACAAUGUGUACAAAACAUUAACACCUUCCUAAUAUUGCUGGCCGAUGUUGACGCCAAUGCUUCCCACAGUUGUGUGAAGUUGGCUGGACGUCCUUUGGGUAGUGGACCAUUCUUGAUACAAGGGAAACUGUGAAAAACCCAGCAGCGUUGCAGUUCUUGAUGCAAACCGGUGCGCCUGGCACAUACUACCAUACCCUGUUCAAAGACACUUCAAUCUUUUGUCUAGCCCAUUCACCCUCUGACACACACACAAUCCAUGUGUCAAGGCUUAAAAAUAUUUUUUUUACCUGUCUCCCCUGCAUCUACACUGAUUUGAAGUGGAUUUGUCAAGUGACAUCAAUUAGGGAUCCUAUCAUUCACCUGGUCAGUCUGUCAUGGAAAGAGCAUGUGUUCUUAAUGUUUUGUACACUGUGUACAUGUUUUACAUAAAUACGACUUGCAGUA